AUGUCCACCGCAGUUUCUUGCGCGCAGCCGCUUAGGCGAUCACACUCCGCCAAUUCUUCCGCCGCUUCCGCCGUUUCCGCCAUCGCCAGCUCCGCCGUUUCCCCCGGCUCUUCCUCCGCCUCCACACAUUCCGGUUCCUGCGCCUCUCCGCACGCGGGGAUCGCUAUCGACAUGGCGCGCUUCCACGACGAGGAGCGGGUCGCGCGACAGUCGGCGAGAGAAGCGGCGCUAACGGCGGAAGGGGCGAUGGCGGCGGCGGUGGUGGGGUUGGUGAGCAAGUCAGAAUGGUUAGAACGGGCGGAAAACGAGGGGGCGGAGGAAGAGGAGGAUGUGUUUCUAGGUAACGAGGAACACGCGGAAACGCCGCUAGAUGACGUGGGAGCAGAGGAUUGGUUAGUAAAGCAGGCGGAUGCGAAGAAAGCGGCGGAUGCGGCGGCAGAGUCUUCCAGGGGGGGAUCUAACGGCGGAGCGCUGCUAGCUGCGCGAGAGGCGACGGGGGAAGAGGAGGCGGAGCGCUUGUCAGCGGCGGAGGAGGCGGCGGUAGACACGGUGGAGCGGGAUUUUUUUCCACCCUUCUAUUUCCUCCCCACCCGUCCAUCCCCUUCCCCCACCGUCUCUUCCUUUCCCCCUUCUACUGGCCCUCCGAUUACCCCACUUCCCUUCCCUAUCCAAAGCCCCCCUCAUCCAGCCCACUAUGCCCGUGCGAGCAGCAGCGACCAGACGCGAGUAGAUGCGAUGACGGCGGUGCGGGACAAUGAUGUGGCAUUCCCCCCUGCCCAUUCCCCAUCUCCCCUACACCGCCCCUACCUUUCCCCCUUGCCCUUACCUCACCAUUCCCCUCCGGCCCAUCCCGUUUCCCACUCUCGUCCCUUCCUUUUCCCCAUCUCGCGUCCCAUCCUUUCUCCCCCCCGUCCCAUCCAUUUCACCCUUUUCCAUCCCUCCCCCUUUCCCACUGCUCCAUCCUCCCCCUUUCACACUGCCCGGGUUGCAUGGCUAAGGCGACUACGGGGAGCAUCGACGGGCACAAUGGCUGCAGGCAGCAAAGGCGCGACGGUAGCAAGCGGCUCGCUCCCUCCAGUCUCUCUCUCGCCGAUCCUCCCAAUUCUCCCUCCCCUUCCCCACUCCCGUGCACACCCUUUCCGCCACUCCGGUCUCUCCCCUUCCCUUUCAUCCGUCACUCCACUUUGCAACUCUCCAACCCCACUGCUGAUUCUCUCCCUUGCCCCUAUCCUUCACUCCCUUUCCCCCUGUCCUUCUCUCUCUUUCCCCCUAUCCUUCUCUUUCUUUCCCCCUGUCCUUCUCUCUCUCUCCCCCUUUCCUUCUCUUCCUUUCCCCCUGUCUUUCUCUCCCUUUCCCCCUAUCCUUCUCUACCUUUCCUCCUGUCCUCUCUCAUUCCCCCUAUCCUUCACUCCCUUUCCCCCUGUCCUUCUCUCCCUUUCCCCCUAUCCUUCUCUACCUUUCCCCCUGUCCUUCUCUCUCUUUCCCCCUAUCCUUCUAUCCCUUUUCUCCUGUCCUUCUCUUUCUUUCCCCCUAUCCUUCUCUUCCUUUCCCCCUGUCCUUCUCUCUCUUUCCCCCUAUCCUUCUAUCCCUUUUCUCCUGUCCUUCUCUUUCUUUCCCCCUAUCCUUCUCUUCCUUUCCCCCUAUCCUUCUCUCUCUUUCCCCCUAUCCUUCUCUUCCUUUCCCCCUGUCCUUCUCUCUCAUUCCCCCUAUCCGUCUCCCCCUUUUCUCCUGUCCUCCUCUCCGUUUCCCCCUGCCCUUCCCUCCCCACCCUUCCUUCCCCUCUCUUACAUCCCUUCCCUUUCCUACUAUCCCGUCCCAUCAUUCAAUCUUCUCUCGGCAUCCCUUUCCCCCCUCUCCUGUGGACAGCUGCACCAGUAA